UCCAGGAUCUCGCGCCGCGCAUCCAGUCCUUCUAUACCGCCUCUCCGCGUUAUUUGCAUGGCAAUCCGUCCAUUGGCUGUACGUGCGAGAGCUGGCCAAUCCCGAGCAUCCUUUGCUUAGUUUGGCGCGCUGAAGACCGAGCGAAGUCGGGAGAGGUUAGCGAAGUGACGCCGGGGGCCUGUGGAAGUGGAGUUGUUUUGCCGCCGCCUUCUUUCGCCCUUCCCUCUCGCGACAUGUGGAACGCUGGCUUUAGCGGUGGAUUUGGUGGCUCUUCAAUGGGUGGUGGAUAUACAGAUUCGCCAGGAGGAUUUGGAUCUCCUUCGGCAACUCAGGGGGAAAAGAAAUCGAGGUCAAGAUCACAGAACCUUGUUCCGUGUACAGUGUCCCAAUUACUUUCUGCUGAUCAGGUAGAAGAAGCAUUUAAGGUUCAAGGCGUAGAGAUUUCACAGGUUGUUAUCACGGGUAUAAUCAGGCAAGCAGAGAAAGCACCCACAAACAUCCUCUACAAAGUUGAUGAUAUGACCGCAGCCCCAAUGGAUGUCAGACAGUGGGUCGACACCGAUGAAGCAGGCAGUGAGAAUAUAGUUGUGCCACCUGGGACGUAUGUAAAAGUGGUUGGUCAUCUACGAUCCUUCCAGAACAAGAAGAGCCUGGUUGCCUUCAAGAUCAUGCCGCUGGAGGACAUGAAUGUGUUGACCACACACAUGCUGGAAGUCGUCAAUGCACACAUGAGCCUGAGAAAAGACAGCCUCAUGUCAACGUCGAUGAUGGUGCCUCGGUCGUUUGCUCCUUCAGGGAUGGGCAACACAACCAGCUACGGAGGAAGCGUAGCCAUGCCAGUGCGUGGACUCUCACCACACGAGAGUCAGGUUCUGAACUUGAUCAAAAGCUGCAUACGUUCUGAGGGGAUAACUCUUCAGGAACUGAAGUCGCAGUUGCAUAAUAUGAACGUGGCUACAAUCAAGAAAGCUGUUGAGUUUCUCAGCAGUGAAGGGCAUAUCUAUUCCACUAUUGACGAUGACCAUUUUAAAUCGACGGAUGCUGAAUAAGGGCAACUUGGGAAGGUGACUCUUUGGAGCUGAGCGGGCUCUGCACUGAGCAACCGCUGGUGUGUACUGUGCCUCCCCACUAAUGUAGAACAUCCAUAGACGCACAUCUGUGAAGAGGGAUCUGUUCCUUUGGAAGUGACACUUCAUUUACCACUCAACUGGGCUGACCUCCUUAAGCGCAUACGUACGACUAGCUGAAAUAAGUAACAGUGCAGUCCUAAACAGAGUUAACACCAUUCUAAGCCCGUUGACUUCAGUGGACUUUAGAAGGGUACAGCUCUAUUUAGGAUUGCAUUGUACAUCCAUUUCAGGGAUUUCAGGAGGUGUCUGCAUGAAGCAUCUGGAAGCUUCCAAGUUCUCUGCCCUAAAUAAAUGUAUGUCUUGUAUAAGGGUGAUUUUGGAAGCGGAGUCUCCGCUGUAUUGAGUCAGUUGCCAUGAUUUAGAAGUGGCAUCUCAAACAGAGUAGGGGGGAAAUGUUCUGUUUUCUUUUCUUAAAAAAAAUCUUUAGUCUGUCCUCUUCUGCACUUCUGUUGUAGAUGUGCCUUAUUUUUAUAGCCUAAUAAAGCUUACUUUUUUUCAUUUUCAUCAGUUCUUUUUUUUCCCCCUCCCU